AUGAAUAAACGUCAUUUUCAUUUUCAAGAUUUACCAGUCGAACGUUUACGUCAUGUUUUCAAAUAUCUCGCUCCUCACGACCUUGCUAAUCCUUUCGAAAGGCUCAAGCAACAAUUUGACAUUAUGCUUGCUCAACAACCACUAUGCUUACCGAAUAAUCGACAAAUGAGUAUUCAGUUAUAUUAUUAUUAUUUAAAGAAAAUUAGCGUCGAAUGCGUUGAAGACGCACCAGUGAACGACUAUGCUGAAGAAAUCGACACUUAUGAACUGGAUUAUGUCGAAGACGAACGGCUCGUUCAAUUGGCAGCAAUACAUUGUUGGCAUCAUUUGAGGGAAAUUAAUCUCGAAGGUGAUUAUCCUGACGAUACUAGCGUUGUUGGCGAUAAUAUUUCGCAUUUACUUCAUACUGCUCAACGAUCACUCUAUUUUAGUGAACUAUAUAUCGAAUUAGAUCUGGAUUAUGGUUGUGUGCUUUCAUUGAAUAAACAAUUGGGAAGGUUACUUGGUCGCCAACUUUCAAUCUUACAUUUUACUACUAAAGAAGCUAAUAGUUCACUUGGUGAUCUUGUUCGUGUUAUUGAUAACUUGGGUGUGAGUGAGUUUAAACAAUCUGCAACUGUACUCAUGCUCCAUACAUACCCUCACGCCCUAAAUUACUUCAAAUGA